AUGUUCAUCAUCUAUCUCAGGUUAUAUUUAUUGCCUCUUCAUUCGUCUUUCCUCGCACCUGCCGAUCUAUUAGAAAAAAAUGUCUCUUUCUUUCCGAAUUAUUUUGAUCCCUCUCUAUCAUAUUUCUGCCUUUCUAUAUCUUUUCACCCAAUGCACAUUCUCUCACACUUACUCUUUUCUUUUUUCUUUCCCCCCUCUGCCAAUUCAGCAUUCGCUAAAGAAGGCCAUUUCCGGUUCCACGUGGGCAGCAAUUACCUUGUGUCUUUUGGAAAUUGCCGGGCACUGGGCGCUAUUUCGAGGACCACACACCAAAGCACCGGCAUUUACUCUCAACGACAAAGUCUUAUACGAUGCGAUCGUAAUGUCCGCGAGAUAAAACUUCGAUUUCCCCUUUUAUUUCGAAAAUCUUCCAUUAUUUUUUCUUCGCACUUGUCAUUUUUUUCUUUAGAUGGCUUCAUAGUACAUUUUCAAAUGUUCUUAUCUCCAAGUGUAUUAAUUUGCCUACAAUGUCUAGAAGGAUUCUUUCUUGUUCAGUCAUUUUCUUUAUGGUCUCUUUUGUUUAUCUUAUAUGAUUUCCCGUCAGUUUCUCUCUUUCUUUGCUUCUUUAUGACUGUCUUAUCAUAUCUAUCUAUCUAUCUAUCUAUCUAUCUAUCUAUCUAUCUAUCUAUCUAUCUAUCUAUCUAUCUAUCUAAGUCUGUUCAUUAUCUAUCUAUCUAUCUAUCUAUCUAUCUAUCUAUCUAUCUAUCUAUCUAUCCUAGUCUGUUCAUUAUCUAUCUAUCUAUCUAUCUAUCUAUCUAUCUAUCUAUCUAUCUAUCUAAGUCUGUUCAUUAUCUAUCUAUCUAUCUAUCUAUCUAUCUAUCUAUCUAUCUAAGUCUGUUCAUUAUCUAUCUAUCUAUCUAUCUAUCUAUCUGUCUAUCUAUCUAUCUAUCUAUCUAUCUAUCUAUCUAUCUAAGUCUGUUCAUUAUCUAUCUAUCUAUCUAUCUAUCUAUCUAUCUAUCUAAGCCUGUUCAUUAUCUAUCUAUCUAUCUAUCUAUCUCAGUCUUUUCAUUAUUUAUCUCAGUUUUUUCAUUAUCUAUCUAUCUAUCUAUCUAUCUAUCUAUCUAUCUAUCUAUCUAUCUAUCUAUCUAUAUAUAUAUAUAUAUAUAUAUAUAUCACCAUUUCUUUUUCAUUUCCUCGACGAUCAUGUUUUUGUUUUCUUUUUCAUUACUUCUUUUUUGUCCUUUUCGUCACACAAUCAUUUUUAAUGUUUUUCCUUUCUUUUUUUUUCAACCUCGAUUUGUUCUUAGUUUCCGAAAUUCCCGUGCUCCCUUCAACGUCUGCCGUGGUGUCAAACGGGGCGGCUUCCUUGCUCCCACUCUCUUCGUGAUUUCCUUUUUGUUGCUUCUGAAGCAUGCAUUCGGCACAUCAAGUGAAAGAAUUUACCUGCGUACGGGAUCAAAUGGCGGGUUGUGCCAUCUCACCCUCCUCAGAGCCAGGAUCAAAGUACAUGAAGCUCUUGUCAGAGACAUUCUUUUUGCCGACGAUGCGAUGGUAGCGACUCACACCCAUUAUGUUCCGCCUUUGCAAUUGUUUUUUGAAACAAACUUCUCUCAUCUCCACUCCCACACUAUAUUCUUUCUUUCUUUCUUUCUUUCUUUCUUUCUUUCUUUCUUUCUUUCUUUCAAAUUUCCAUUAAUCUCUUUCUUUACCAUUUACUUUUUUAUGAUUCUGAUUUUAAAAUUCUUUCUUUUUACUUUUUUUCCCUACCAUUUAUUCACUAUGUUACAUCAUCAUUCUUUUCCUUUAUUCUUGUCUAAUUUUUAUCAUAUUCUUUCUCUCUUUCUUUCUUUCUUUCUUUUUUCUUUCUUUCUUUUUCCUUUCCUUUUUCUUUCUUUCUUUCUUUCUUUCUUUCUUUCUUUCUUUCUUUCUUUCUUUCUUUCUUUAACAUCUAAUUUCUUUUUCUUGCCUUUUGGACAACCAGCUUCUACUUUCCGUUGCUUUCUUCUUUCUUUAUAG